AUGGCUCCUCGAUCUUCAGGGCCGAAGAUAAUUAUAAAGCCGCGACGUGCAAGGGGAGCAGCGGCUUCGCAAGGAACCCCUCAGGAAGACGAGGAUGUAAUUAUCACGGACGCGGAGGAGCACAAUGAAAACACAGAGCUGGAAGGCGAAGACGAGUCUGUAAACGCUGCGCAGACGCCUCGAGACGAGGAAGAAGAUGACCAGGCGGACGCAGCCACUCCGGACGCAGAAGACGGCAAUACGCUAGACGGGGCAUCGAACGCAGGUGACCUUGACAUAGACGAAGGUGCAACACCAGUGAAGAGAGGGCGCGGGCGACCAAGGGGCCGCGGAAGAGGCCCAGGGACGUCAACACCUCGUGGCAGAGGAAGAGGGCGCGGGCGUGGGCGCGGACGGGGCAGAGGCAUCACGAUCAAGCUCCCCCGACGAGCAGAUGGCGAAGCGCAAGACGAGAGCGAGACGCUUGUGAUGGACGACCCACAGCCCGCGUCGCAGGAGGCAGAGGAGGAGGGCCCAACGGGCGGCGGCAAGCCCUUUCGACGAAUACAGGGCAAGGUCUAUAUUAUCGAAGGCGACGAGUACGUGACGGAGGACGACCCGAAGGGAGACACGAAGAUUGAUCAGCACGGCAACUUGCUUGGUGGACGGAGGUUCAAGGCACAGACAUUCACGCUACCCAACCGCCAUCCCGAGCGCAAGUACAUGCUUGCCAUCGACGCCGCGCGUACGUCCGGCUUCCGCGACUCACUAUACUACUUCCGGCGGAACCCACUUGCGAUGAAGCUCAACGCCACGCAGGCAGAGAAGGAGCACCUUAUCGAGGUCGGAAAGCUCGGCUCGCAUCUACGCACACGCAGUGUCACGCUCAUCACUGCACGCAGCGCAUACAAGCUGCAUGGGGCGAAGAUGAUGGCAGACGGACGGUGGGUGGUAGAUGACUAUUAUGAGGAGCGUGCACGCGAGGAGGCAGCCGCAAAGGGUGUCAAGGCGGGUGACUUCGUCGGGGAGCUGCAAGAGGCGAGCGCGCUCGCGACGGAGGCCGCGGCGCUCGGCCCAGGCGCAACGCAGAGCAAGGCUGAGCGCGGGGGCAGCGGGCAGGGCAUGUACCGCGCCGGGGGACCGACAACGCUUUUCGGUGGGUCUGGGUGGGGCCCGUACAGUGACGGUCCCCUGAACGCGGUGCGCAAGUCGCUGCUGACGCGCGACGGCGUGAACGAGGAGAACUGGAUGGCCGUCGCUGCCCAACGGACAGCGGACGCGAGUGCAGAGUGGGCGCGGCUGAGACGCGAGGCGCUGAAAGCGUGCGGCGGCAUCCUAGAUGAGGAACGGGGCGGGGAACCGCAGGAGGGCACAGGUGAGAAACGAUCAGCGGAGAAUACGAAAGCGGAGAGAGAUGUGAAGGGCAAGCGGCGGAGAAUAUGGAAUGAUGGUGAGCUGCCGUUUGGGGUGUACGAGCCGCAUACGGGCAUCGUGCUCUACCGUUCCGACACCCAACCGACUCGUGCGCGAUGGGAGGCACUUCCUGAUGACGGCGAAGCACGACGGGUGCUCGGGGGAACGAAGGCAGGUGGCGGCGCAUGGGGACUCGCAUGGGUUGACACCAUCGUAGAACUCCCAGCGGAAAACGAGAUCGAUGUGGAGGGCGCGAUGACGCGAGAGCCUUACCUGCAACUCAAUACUUAUCGCAAAUGGUACGGUACCUCACUCCUUGGCCGCCCGGGCUUGCAGUAUCUCAUUCAGCCUCUCGGCAAGGCCCUCGGUCAACUGGAGCACACCAUCCGCUGUGCAGAGGCGGAAGUGUCUACCUACCUUGCCUUCCUCUACUCGCACCGAAGCGAGAAUGUCGUCGGGGUCGCCAAUACGCCCAAGGGCGGGAAUAUUGCGGCUGUCUGCGGUGGAAAGAGGUGGUUGUGCACGUGGAAAAACCGGAGAACGCGUUUCCGCACAUACCAUCUCACGAUUCUCGAUGAAAUCAUUGAGUCCCGCUUCGCCCGCGCCCUCAACCGCGAGCGCACUAGCAGGCAACCAGCCUAUAACGGAUGCAGAGAGCACCGAUGGGGGGGCGCUCUCGAGGAACGACAGACAAAACAUAGGCUUAGAACGGCGGCGCGAGAGGGCGCGCUGUAUGACAGAUGUGCACGGUCCGACAAGCUCGCGGUCAACAAUGAUGAGGCUCUUGCACGCAAGAUAACCCUCGAUGUCGACCGCGCACAGCUAAUUACGAGUUUUUGUGGGAACAUAGAGAGAUAG